CAAACUAUCACGCUUUAAUUGCUCGUGAUACUAUACUUCGUACCGCUCAAGCUCCAUGCGAGAAUAUGUACUUGCUCAAGAGCUUCAUCUCAGCUGCCAGGUCACAGUCGUGUACCUCCGUCGGAUUGACAAAAUAUAUGCGAGUCUGCUCCGCAAAUGCUUCAGCCAAAAAACCCACCUUCUUCCCCUUUCUUGACAAAGUUGAAUUGCGGCAAUCAUGGAUGCAUUUUUCCAGCAAUUCAAAAACCUUCGCUCUGGUGUGAUCAUGCGAGAUGGGAGGGUCUCGACAUGGACAAUCAGAGAGCAUCGGAACGAUCCAAUCGUGUUUCUUGAGAAGUUGAUGAUCAGCUCCAUGAACUCCUUGACUGAUGACUCUGGAUGGCAAGCGGCUGUCCACGAGGACGAAGACCUUUCCGAGAAGCUUCUUCAGUGCGCGCGCAUGCUCCCAUUCUCAGACUAUGGUGGACCGAAGUACGGCUUCACCCAGCCUAGUGGGACCCCACACAUUCUGUUUACAUCAGAAAUGGUGAAGCAUUGUACCCUGGAGUUGCAAGACUACGCCGUGCUUCAACAGCGUCAUGGGUUCCUACCCGCGCUCGAUGCUGGCAGAAGUACAAUUCUGAAAUCUGACACCCUCAUUUCUGAAGCGAUCAGAAGCACACUGGUCGAUGCGGCUGCUGUUUUGGAAGCUUCGACGGAAACACAGACAACAAUCCUCGAUCUCAUCGAUCCGUGGAUGUAUUGCUUCGAUGCGACACUAUCUCAAUUGAUCGUGGGUCACACGAUCCCGUGUGCUGAUUGUGUGGCCUACGUCGGCAGGGGCUUCAUACUGCCACCUGAUCCGCUUGAGGAAGUCAAAGUCUCGGCUCUGAGAGGGGCCAACAGCGAGAGUGCUGUCCAUUACAAAGCGUUGCACAACGCUCGUGCCUCAAAUUAUUACCAGUGGCUACCCUGUGAAGUCGCGAUCGACGAGCCGGAUAGGGUCCGAGUGAUGACCUACAUCAACAACGCCCACCCCGAUCAUCACAGAGAUCUCUACCACAGCGUAGAGUUAAUCAUCGCUAAAAUUCUGCCAAUGUGGGACAAGACUCUGGAGCUCCUGACAACCAGCCAGGAGCGACCGCUCCGUUUCGGGGAUUAUCAGCCAAUGUAUGCCUUCUCAGAAGGUGACCAUUCAAGACAUCAGAACGAGGCGGGUUCCGAUAAGAUCGAAAGGCAUGACGGUGACAAGACUUGGUUUGAAUGGAACAUUCGUUGCAAAUUGCCAUCAUGUGAACCGUACAGAGGCCACGCCGCAAAUUGGGGUUUGGAUCCGUCAAUCCCGGAGAUCUUUGGGAUCUCGGACCUCCGCCGUCAAUAUGCAGACAAAGGUCUUCAGGUUUUUGUCAGGCUUUUCAAUAUUCAUCUGACGCCCGAGCAACCAGUCUUCGCUCACGAGCCGUGGCAUAUGGAAGGGUUGUAUAACGAGCACAUCUGCGCGUGCACGUACUACUGCUACGCUUCAGAUAACGUCACACAGUGCCACCUUGCUUUCAGAGACGCAGUAGACACUACAAGACUGAGCAACCUUCAAGACACGGGCAUGAACUACAAUUAUGCGUCGUUCCUCCAUCAAGUUCAGAACAAAGGCCCAGCACUGCAAGAGCUCGGCCAAGUGAAGCUGUCUCCAGGUCGCUUGGUCACGUUUCCAAACACCAUAUAUCAUCGGCUGACAGAGGUCGAAUUGAAGGAUCGGUCGCGGGCAGGCCAUGUCAAAUUUCUUGUGGUGUCGUUGGUCGACCCGAACGCGCGGAUCUUCUCGACCGCCAACGUUCCGCCGCAGCAACACGCAUGGUGGGCAGACCUCGUUGCGAAAUACCCACGCAUGGACCGUCUGCCGACCGAGCUGCAAAGCAUGAUCAUCGACGCGAACGACUUGCCGGUACGCACUCUGCAAGUUGCUCAGCGUGUCCGGGAAGGCCUCCGUCGCUACGAAAACGACCGUCGCGAGAAAGUCGAGGACCUACUCCAGUCGAGGAAAUUCGAUUUCGGCCGCGGGCCACGCCAGGCCGCUCACAUAGCGGCAGUCAACGCAACCCGUAUUCCGGGCCCUUGGCCAGACUUCCUUUGGCCUCGACUCGAAGACGCUGAGCCGAUCGUAGCGGCAGAGUCGCAAUUCACAGCUUCUCGUCGCUACGUAGGCAUUCGCGCACCUCCCAGAGACUGAGUGAAAUGCUCGUGAGACAGCUGAGUGACUGAUUCACGAAGACUAGCCUAAGGAUGACGAGAACGAGGACAAUGGAGAGACAGGUAAACUUGGAAUAGAUGUUGACGAGGAUGGUUAUGAUUAGACGAUAGCGAUGGUGAAGAUGAUGAUGAUGCUGGGCACCGCUCGAUGAUGGACUCAUCAUCGCAAGUGUAACAUACAGACGUUGUCUGAUGGGGCAGUCAUUUUCGUUCCCAUACGUGUUGCAACGCGGUCUUCGCAGCACACAAUUUCCACAACCAUUGACUUUCACAUGAUCAUCCAACUUUAUUGAAGUUCUCUCGUCGUCACACAUGAAGGCAGGAAAACGGCUCUUUUGA